AUGCCGACGGAGGACUUGGUGGUCCCCAGAAGCGUGACCGACUUCUGCGUUCUCCACAACGUUUGUCUUUGUCAGCACGUGUCAAUCGCCACCAAGCCAUACAUGUGCCCAAAACAAACGUGGACCUGCCGGGAGAAGUAUCAUCGAUUUUACCUUCCGCGAAUCCUGUUCUCGUCAGAAGGCAAAGUGCGCAUGAGCUCACACCUGUACAAGCCGAAGCAUGAGACCAUGAAUCAGCGCAAUUUGAGCCCCGGAGAAGAUGUAGUGUCUGGAACCCGCCAAAGCGUUGUGCGCUUGAUCAACUUUUGUCUUGAUUAA